CCGCAGCGAACCGCGCCGCGCCGCGCUUCAAGGCGACCGAGCCCGAGCCCCGAGCCCCGGCUGCGAUAGCGGCCCGAAGCGGCCCGAAGCCGGCAAAAGCAGCAGCGCUGUAGCAGCCAGUGUCCACGUCCACCUGCACCACCGACAACGCCCACGUCCUGGACACCACCCGUUCGCCGAACGUCAGGCCGACACCGACACCCGCGCCCGGAGGGGCGCCGGCGAUGUAGCCGCGACCAGGAAUGGCGUACACCUCCGUGACCGAAGAACAGGCGUACCACCGUCUGCAGAGAGAUGGAGCAGGCGGCGGUUCGCACAGCGCCCACCUGCUGCUGCCGGACGACGCGCCGCUGCCGCUGCCCGAUGGCUUCCCCCAGCAGCGCCGGGGGUGGUGGCCGCUGCUGCUGGCCUGCGCGCCCUGCUUCGGGUCGUGGCGCGGGCUGGUGGCGCGCGCCGCCCUGGGCUGGCUCAGCCCGGCCGUGUGGAAGGCCUUCCGCGGCGAGGAGGUGGACAGCAGCGCCUUCGUCAACGAGUCCCAGUCCAGCCUCACCGACUCGCUGCGCCUGAUGCAGCUGCUGCACGUGUCCGGCGUGCCCACCGUGGCCGGCGUGUCCGGCGUGCAGCGCGGCGCGCCCGACCUGGGCCGCUGCAUCUGGGCCUUCACCCGCGGCCGCCUCGUCGCCGCCUGCGUCCUCGGCGUGGUGGGCGCCAUCGGCAGCGUGGCCUCGCCUGUGCUGCUCAUCGCCGCCCUCAUCAGCGCCAUGGACGACACGCCGGCCGACCAGGUCCCCGCCGUGCUCUGGGCCACGGGCUUCGCCCUCUGCGAGGUGCUGGCCUGCCUGGUGACCGCGGGCGCCUCCAGCAUCGCCACCCGACAAGCGGGCCGCCUCCGCGCCGCGUUGCAGGGCUUGCUGUACAGGAAGGCGAUCCGGAUCAACAGCUGCAGUGACCUGCACCCUCACCAGGUGGAGGCGCUGGUGCUGUCGAGCGGCACGCCGCUGUGGCGCGCGGUGGAGCAUGCCCCGCAGCUCGUCAUCGCCCCCGUGCUCAUCCUGCUUAGCGUGUCCUCGGCCUGCGUCCUGAUCGGCGAGGCCGCCGUCGUGGCCGCCGCCGUCUACCUGUUCGCCGCCAUGCUCCAGACGGUGGCGACGGGGCUGACGACGCGGCUGCGCACCAGGGCGCACUCGGCCUUCUCGCGAUGGCGCAAGCAGCGCACGUUCGAGCUGCUGUCCCUCGCCGAGCACGCCAAGGCCUUCAUGGUGGAGAGCGCCCUCAUCCGCCGCAUCCGAGAGCUGCGCCGCGUCGAGUCCGUGUCGCUGCGGCUGGCGUCCACGGUGGACUCGGUGUGUAGGACGCUGCUGCCCUCCGCCGUGCCGGCCGUCACCGUGGCCCUCGCCUUGCACCCCACCUUCGUGCCGGAGAGGAGCGCGCCGCCCACGCAGGUGUACCCCGUGCUCAUCCUGUUCCUGGUCCAGAUGGAGGCCGCCCUGCGCGGCUGGGGCCAGGCCGUGCAGGCCGUCCUCGAGGCGCGCAACUGCCUCGGGGAGCUCAAGGCAGUUCUCUCUAUCGAGGAGGCCAAGACCCACCCCGGCCAGCCCAUCGACCGCCUGGUCGCGCUGUCCAUCAACACGGCCAGCUUCUCGUGGUUCACAACGGCGACGGCGCUGUCCCAGGGAACGCACCGGCCGGGGAUCGACGGGGACGCGCCCCGUCUCCUGCCGCCUCAGCCGUCGUCCAACAACGUGCUCACGGCGAUCCACAUCGUCGUCAACAAGGGCCAGCUCGUGGGCGUGUGCGGCCGACCGGGCUCGGGCAAGUCGGCGCUGCUGCUGGCGGCCUGCGGACAGCUGCACCUCACCGCCGGCCAGCUGCACCGCGACGAGAGCACCGCGUACGUGGGCCCCGAGUGCACGCUGCUGCCGGGCAGCGUCCGCGACAACGUCACCAUGCGCAGCGCGCUCUCCAGCCAGCGCUACUACCGCGCGCUGCACUGCACGGGCCUGGAGCGCGACGUCCAGGCCAUGGCGACGGGCGACGAGACGCUCGUGGACUCGUCUCGGCUGACGCCGGCACAGCUACAGCGCCUGGCGCUCGCGCGCGCCAUCUACGCCGAGCGCGAGGUGUACCUGCUGGACGACCCACUGAGCGCGCUGGACUCGGCCGCCGCGGACCGCAUCUUCGAAAGCGCCAUCCUGGGCGCGCUCAAGGACAAGACCGUCAUCCUGGUGACCAACAGGGAGCAGCACCUGCGCCACUGCCACGAGGUGUACGUGAUGCGUGAGGGCCGCGUCCUGGAGCGCGACGAGCCGGCGGUCCUGGCGGAAAGCGGCAGGGAGUACCCGCAGGUCGUCGACUCCCACAGCAGAGAGGAGCAGUGGUGGAUGCCGCCCAUGUCCAGCGAGGUGACCCGCGCCGUGGAGCGGUCCCGGGACUCGGACGACGAGGCGGUGGCGGGCACGGGCGCGUGGAUCGAGCUGCGCUCCGUGGCCGCGGAGUGCGGCAUGGCGCCGGGCCGGCUGGCGCUGCUGGCCGUGCCCAUGCUGCUGCAGUCCGCGCUGUACGCCACCAUGCUGCUGUGCUUCUGGCUGGCGCUGCUGCAGCCGCGGCCGCCGCUGCUCGUGCUGGGCUUCCUCAUGUCGGCCAGCCUCGUGGUGGCGCUCGGCUUUCUGAGGACCUUCAUGGUGACGCAGUCGCUGCUGACGCAGUCGCGCCGCGUGCACAGCCGCUGGCUGGAGCGCGUCGGCUGCGCCACCGUGGGCUUCCUUCGCGCGCACGCCGCGGCCCUGCGCCACGCCCUGGAGGCACACACCUGGCUGCUGGACGCCGGCCUGCCGCGCGCGCUGUGCGGCCUCGUGGCCUGGACGCCGCUUGUCGUGGCCGAGAUGGCCCUGCUCGCCCUCGCCUCCACCUGGGCCGCCGUCGCCGUCCUGGCCCUGCUGUUGCCCGGCGCGCUCAUGCUCACGUACAUCACCAGCGUGGCGGCGACGCGGAUGUGGCAGCGGGAGCGCGAGUGCCGGGGCUCGCUGCGGCAGCUGGUGUCGGCCUCCUUCGCGUCGCGCGCCAUGGUGCUGUCGCUGGGCCGCGAGGACGACGUGGUGGCGCGGUUCGCGUCGCUGUGCGACCAGGGCGCCACGGACCUGGUGCACGCCGAGUCCCUGCCGGCCUGGCUGGCCGUGCGUCUGCGCGCCGCCGCCAUCGUCACGGGGCUCGUCACGCUGGUGGCGCAGAUCUGGGCGCCGACGACGGCCACCUCCAUCGCGGUGACGCUGCCCGCGCCGCUGGAAAGCCAACUCAGUCACCAGGCCGCCAUGCCGGACGACCUGCCGCCGGUGCCGGGCAGCGGCGCGGCGCUGGGCAUGACGGCGCUGCUGCUGUGCCUCAUCACGACCCACCUGACCAGGGCCGCCGUCGCCGCCGUCAGGGCGCGCUCGCACCUCGCCGCCGCCGCCAAGGCCCGCGACCUGGUCCACCGCGCCGAGGUGGAGGACGAGUCCCUGAGCGUCAAGAGCGGCGCGUCGUACGACGACCCCAACCUCAACUGGCCCAGCUUGACGGACGCCGGCGGGCUCAUCCUGCGCGACGUGUGGCGGCCCCCGGAGCUGCGCGCGCUGUCGACGCGCGUGCCGCUGGGCGAGUGCAUGGGCGUGCUGGGCGCGUCCUCCGGGGUGCUGGCCGCCGCCCUGCUGCGCUUCAUCAGGCCCUCGGCCGGCGUCAUCCUCGUGAGCGGCGCCGACAUCGCUGAUAUCCCGCUGUCGCUGCUGCGCUCCGCCGUGGUGGUCGUGCCCGCCAAGCCCACCAUCUUCAGGGGCACUCUCAGGUGGAACCUGGACCCGCACGGCGUCUGGAGCGACGCCCAGCUGUGGGAGGCGCUGGAGCGCUCGGGGCUGCGCGACCUGGUGGCGUCGCUGGAGAGGAAGCUGCUCACGCCCCUGGACGUGCACAGUCCGCUGAGCGCCGAGCCCGAGGACGUGCAGCUGGUGUGCCUGGCGCGGGCCGCCCUCAGAGACUGCGCCAAGGUGGUGGUGCUGGAGGCGCCGGCCGGGCCCAGGGUGCUGGCCACCGCCAGGAAGCUCUUCCCCAACAGUGCCGUGGUGGUGGCCGCGCGGGGUGCCGCGGACGUGGCCCAGUGCGGCAGCGUGCUGCAGGCCCCCUGACCCCCUGACCCUGCAGGCCCUGCAGCGGGAAGCGCAGCGGGAAGCCGCCUGCUGCAGUCCACUGCAGUCCUGCAGACCGCCUGAACCUCACCAAACGUGUUACCUCCAAAGGAGGCUCUUGCCAACUAGUCCGCUCUGCUUCUGUACUUUGUUUUUGUGAGGUGUCGUUCACCUCGAUCCCUGUACUCCUAUUGUUUUCUGCCGCAUGCAGUUAUGCUAUGCCUGUAUCCUUGCAUAAUUUACUUCAGAUAACUUCCUGAGUUAUUGACUGUGAUUUUCUUUUCUAGAAGGAAUCAGCUUAUUGCUGUUUAAGUGAGGUGUACAGUAAUUGUUAUAAGACUAAAGAAGACUGAGUCAAGUGCUGUCAUUGGGCUUACUUGUAAUAUUGCCACAACAACAAAUGAUGAAUGUUCUAUGAUUAGACUGAUUUCAACUGUUGUUAGAGUAAGUGCUUUUAUCAUUCAUCCAAAUGUAUUAUAGUAAUAGUUAAGACUUCCAUUAUUUCUUGAUGCAAAGUGGCCAAGGUUGAGGAAAGAGCAACAAAUUAGACAUUAACAA